AACAUUUGUUAUUAAGAAGUUUACAUUAUGAUAACGAACAUUUAGGUAUUUCAUCACACUUACUUUAAAAAGUCACCUUUGUGCGACCCGAACAGGUCGGCAAAAAAUAAUAAAAGAAAUUUAACCUUGACUUUAAAACAAAAGAAUGUUUGUACUAAACUAAAAACCUCGUAUGUGCUACCUUCUGAUCAGCUUGAAGGCGGUGCCAAGCCAGUGGGUGUUAAUUAAAGCCUUUGUUUAUUUUCAACAAAGAUGCCAGUGUGUUAUGAGACAUGGCACAGGACAAUUACGAAAUGGAGCCGAACAGCUCGCCCAGAGGCGAAAACGAUCUUCAAAGGCAACUAAGGCAUGCACUUCUAGAAAAUGACUUCGAAAAGUUUGAGGAACUAGUGAGCAAUGGCGCCGUUGACCUCGAAUAUGUUUACCCAUAUCCUGACGACAAAACUUGUCUUGAUCUAGCCAUUUUAGAACCUAAUAAAAUUGAGUUUGUAAAACUGCUAUUACGACAUAUUACUUGCGUGACGUACGAUCAUGUAGAUAAACGCGAUACUCCUGUACACUUAGCUGUAAAAAAUAGAAAUACAGAAGCAUUGGACGCACUUUUACAAUACGGCGGUUGCAGCGUGAACUGGAAGGAUAAGGAAGGCAACUCCCCACUUUAUUAUGCGACCAGAAAUGGAGACAAUGAGACAGUUUUAAAGCUGCUUAGAAAAGGGGCACAUAUAUAUAACUGCAGCUAUGAACCACCAGUAGCAGAUAUAAAUGCAAGAACUCUACAAACUUUUUUAGACGAAUGCAUUGAAACAAAUGACGAACUACCAAAUGACCGAAACUACGAAAUUCGUCUAAAUUACGAUUUUUUUCGUCAACAUCGACAAACAAAAAUGCUUUUAAACAUGACUAGAGACGAAGAGUUUAGGCCACUUUUGAAACAUCCAGUAAUUACUAGUUUCAUUUAUUUCAAUUGGUACAGUAUACGCAAAGUUUUUUACGCAAACAUAACCUUUUCUUCACUGCUGUGGUUAUGUUUAAUGUUCUAUAUAAUAUUGGGAUAUGGAGUCAACAAACAACAGUCAAAGUUCGUUGAAGCAAUAAAUGUUUUAACCUACGUAGGAACAUGUAUUGGUCUAAUACUUCUAAUAUUUCGAGAACUGUUUCAAUUACUAGUGUGGACGACAAAAUACUUUAAAAGUACUGAAAAUUUUAUGGAGAUUGCCAUAAUAUGUGUAAUGACAGCGAUUGUGUGUAACAAUUCAGAAUCAGAAUCCACAAAGCAACAGUUGUCUGCAAUCGCUAUUCUAUUGUCGUCCGCGGAGCUUGUUUUACUCAUUGGACAAUUUCCUACUUUUUCAACAAAUAUCGUGAUGUUGCGAACUGUUUCUUGGAAUUUCUUCAAAUUUUUACUUUGGUACUGUAUUUUGAUAAUAGCUUUCGCUUUAAGUUUUUACACGCUAUUUAAAAGAGGUGAAGAACAGGAAGACCAAAAAGCAUCAAAUCCUAACAAUACGGGCCAAGAGGAAGAAGAAGAGGAAGAGUUUUUCGGGGAUCCAGGAAGGUCUCUAUUUAAAACUAUCGUCAUGAUGACUGGCGAGUUCGAUGCUGGGUCUAUCAAAUUCAGCACAUUUCCAGUGACAAGUCAUAUAAUAUUCAUCCUCUUCGUAUUCAUGAUUCCCGUUGUCUUGUUUAAUCUCCUCAAUGGUUUGGCAGUCAGUGAUACACAGGAGAUAAGAGCUAAUGCUGAGCUACUGGGACACAUUUCAAGAGUAAAACUUUUAUUUCAUUAUGAAAGUGUUAUUGCCAAUAGUAUUAAAAGUAAAACACUUGCAAGAUGGUGUAUCUGGAAUGCAUUCAAGAUUGUAAUGUAUAAUUUUCUGCACUUACAUUAUAACAAAGCAUCCGUUUUGCUGUAUGUUUAUGGAGUAACAGUCAAACCUAACCAAAACAACAAAAUAGAGGUCUCAGACGACAUGUUAGGUGCUUUAGGUGGCGAAUAUUGCUUUGGUUCGUGCGACUUAAGAUUAGAUAAAGAAAUUGUUAAAAACGCACAAAUAAUUAUUAAUAAGAGGUCAUGCGUUUCAGAAUUCGACGAGAUUAAACAUAUGCUUUCGAAAUAUGAAACAAAAAUUUUAAGUAUGGAAAAUACUCUGAAGAAAGUUCUACAGAAGAUUGAAGCACUUUAAAACCUUGAGGUUGUAACUGAAGCAUUAUAACAUUUCUAUCGAAAAAUUAUAUUUUCUAAAUUAUGAAUUUUUCAUAAACAUAAAAAAUUCAUAAAUAUAGCUAUAAAUAAUAAAUUUAUUUCCUUAUUUGAAAAUUAACUACAAUGUAAUUACCGAAUUUUGUAUUCACGCGCUUUUUUUUUUUGAGUAUCUACUGUUUUUAUUUAUGCAAAUGUGUAAUGGCUCUUUUUUAAAAAUUAAUUAAAUACGUUAUUUUUUCAUUUACUGUCUUUAUCUUAA